GGAUAGGCGGACAGUCAGAGCCGCAAAUAGUGAGAAGAGGCUCAGACCAGGCUUACGAAUGGCCCAUAGCGGUCAUUUAAUUGAACCCGCACAGCAGUUACGGUUUGUCACUCGACCCUCCGGAAUCGCCUCAUGUGUCCCCAGUGAGACUCCAGGGCGCUGCCGGAGCCGGGCCUCUCGGUAGCUGGAAGCAUAUCCUGCUGGGGACAGCGCUGGCGCAGGGUAUACGUUCGCGCACAUGCGCGCGCGCACGUGAACACGCGCAAGCCCUGAGGUGCGCACCGAUAUCCGUGCCGGUUUAGCGGUUCUACGACCCAAAGAGUCCAGGGAGAUCCACCGAGUGGUGCCUGGCGUGUAGGACCAUGCAGCAGCCCUGUCGCUCGGAUCAGCAGCCCGCGAUGUCUUGGCCGCUGUGAACCCGUUCGGCCAGCGCCAACCUGCUCAGCCCAGACAGGCUCAACCUCUGGUACACUCCGCUCCGCGGGAGGCCAUCGGCACAGAACAGCAAGAGCGCGCAGGGAAGGCCUCCCCCCUCCAGCGGGGGACGCCAGGCUCAGUGUAGGGACACGCACUCCGACUGACUGACUGACUGGCACUGGCGGCUAGGGAUGUCGAUGUUGCCCUGGCCGAGGUGGCAUGGACCCGCCAUGGCGCGGCUUUGGCGCUUAUGCUGGCUGGCUGUGGGCUUCUGGAGGGCCUCUCUCGCCUGCCCCGUGCCCUGCAAAUGCAGUGCCUCUAGGAUUUGGUGUACAGAGCCUUCUCCCGGCAUCGUGGCAUUUCCAAGGUUAGAACCUAACAGUGUCGACCCGGAGAACAUCACCGAAAUUUUCAUUGCAAAUCAGAAAAGGCUAGAAAUCAUCAAUGAAGACGACGUUGAAGCUUAUGUGGGACUGAAAAGCCUGACAAUUGUGGAUUCUGGGUUAAAAUUUGUGGCUUACAAGGCAUUUCUGAAGAACAGCAACCUUCAGCACGUUAAUUUCACAAGAAACAAGCUGACCAGUUUGUCGAGGAAGCAUUUCCGACACCUUGACCUCUCUGAUCUGGUCCUGGCGGGCAACCCAUUCACGUGUUCCUGCGACAUUAUGUGGAUCAAGGCUCUCCAAGAGACAAAAUCCAGCCCGGACACUCAGGAUUUGUACUGCCUGAAUGAAAGCAGCAAGAAUACCCCCCUGGCAAACCUGCAGAUACCCAACUGUGGUCUGCCGUCCGCACGUCUGGCUGCCCCUAACCUCACCGUGGAGGAAGGAAACUCCAUCACACUCUCCUGCAGCGUGGCGGGUGAUCCGCUCCCCACACUGUACUGGGAUGUUGGAAAUUUGGUUUCCAAACACAUGAAUGAAACGAGCCACACGCAGGGUUCCUUAAGGAUAACGAACAUUUCGUCUGAUGACAGUGGGAAGCAGAUCUCUUGUGUGGCAGAAAACCUCGUAGGAGAAGAUCAAGACUCUGUGAACCUCACUGUGCACUUUGCACCAACGAUCACGUUUCUCGAAUCUCCAACCUCAGACCACCACUGGUGCAUCCCAUUCACCGUGAGAGGCAACCCCAAGCCAGCGCUUCAGUGGUUCUAUAACGGGGCAAUAUUGAACGAAUCCAAAUACAUCUGUACUAAAAUUCACGUGACCAAUCACACGGAGUACCACGGCUGCCUCCAGCUGGAUAAUCCCACUCAUAUGAAUAAUGGAGACUACACACUGAUGGCCAAGAACGAGUAUGGAAAGGAUGAGAGGCAGAUUUCUGCUCACUUCAUGGGCCGGCCUGUCAUUGAUUAUGAGACAAACCCAAAUUAUCCUGAAGACCUCUAUGAAGACUGGACUGCAGCAACUGACAUCGGGGAUACUACGAACAAAAGCAAUGAAAUCCCUUCUACAGAUGUUGCUGACCAAACCAAUCGGGAGCAUCUCUCGGUCUAUGCCGUGGUGGUGAUUGCGUCUGUGGUGGGAUUCUGUCUGCUGGUGAUGCUCCUUCUGCUCAAGCUGGCCAGGCAUUCCAAGUUUGGCAUGAAAGGCCCAGCUUCUGUCAUCAGCAAUGACGAUGACUCAGCCAGCCCCCUCCACCACAUCUCCAAUGGGAGCAAUACUCCAUCCUCCUCGGAGGGCGGUCCCGACGCUGUCAUCAUUGGAAUGACCAAGAUUCCUGUUAUUGAAAACCCCCAGUACUUUGGCAUCACCAACAGUCAGCUCAAGCCAGACACAUUUGUUCAACACAUCAAGAGACACAACAUCGUUCUGAAGAGGGAGCUUGGUGAAGGCGCCUUCGGGAAAGUUUUCCUCGCAGAAUGCUACAACCUCUGUCCUGAGCAGGAUAAGAUCUUGGUAGCCGUAAAGACGCUGAAGGACGCCAGCGACAACGCCCGCAAGGACUUCCACCGCGAAGCUGAGCUGCUGACCAACCUCCAGCACGAGCACAUUGUCAAGUUCUACGGAGUCUGUGUGGAGGGCGACCCGCUCAUCAUGGUCUUCGAGUACAUGAAGCACGGAGACCUCAACAAGUUUCUUAGGGCGCAUGGGCCGGAUGCGGCGCUGAUGGCCGAGGGCAACCCGCCCACCGAGCUGACGCAGUCUCAGAUGCUGCACAUUGCACAGCAAAUCGCAGCCGGCAUGGUCUACCUGGCGUCCCAACACUUUGUGCACCGUGACCUGGCCACCCGGAACUGCCUGGUAGGGGAGAACCUGCUGGUGAAAAUUGGGGACUUCGGCAUGUCCCGGGACGUGUACAGCACCGACUACUACAGGGUCGGUGGCCACACGAUGCUGCCCAUCCGCUGGAUGCCUCCAGAGAGCAUCAUGUACAGGAAAUUUACCACCGAGAGCGACGUCUGGAGCCUGGGGGUCGUGUUGUGGGAGAUCUUCACCUAUGGCAAGCAGCCCUGGUAUCAGCUGUCAAACAACGAGGUGAUAGAAUGCAUCACCCAGGGCCGAGUCCUGCAGCGGCCCCGCACGUGCCCCCAGGAGGUCUACGAGCUGAUGCUGGGCUGCUGGCAGCGCGAGCCGCACAUGAGGAAGAGCAUCAAGGGCAUCCACGCGCUCCUGCAGAACUUGGCCAAGGCAUCUCCCAUCUACCUGGACGUCCUGGGCUAGGCCCCCUUCUCCCCAGACCCACCCUUCCCGACGCACUCCCCAGACUGGCCGACACGAUGAACCUCUUAACUACCGCCGGGUGUCACGACCUUGCCGGUCCCUCCCGCUCUGACAGUAUUGACAAGACGAGGAGCCGGCUUCUGGAGGGAAGCAGUGUGUACUUCUCCAUCCACAGACAGCAUUAACUCGCUUUUGGCGUCGUCUCUUUCUCUCUUCCCAUCUCCUCUGGUUUGUUUGUCUCUUUCUUUGGCCCCUUUCAGCUCUUAUGUUUGGUCCUCCCCUGCUUCCUCAGCCUCUCUCCUUGAUCGAUCUGGCUUCUGUAUUCCUAUUAACUGUACAUAGACAAAGGCCUUAAAAAAAAACCUAAUUUGUUAUAUCCGCAGACACUCCAGUUUGCCCACCACAACUAGCAAUGCCUUGUUGUAUCCCUGCCUUUGACGUGGAUGAAAAAAAGGGAAAUCAAACAUCUCACUUAAACCGCCACUUCCGAUGUACAGACAUGGGGCAUUUCUAUGGAUUCACUUCUAUUAUUUAUUUAUUUAUCUAUUUAUUUAUUUAUCAUUUAUUUAUUAUUACUCUUCUUAUUGUUUUCUGAUGGCUUUAGCCUGUGUAUGGGAAGGAAAAGUUGUGUACAACCUAGGAAAAUCUUAUUUGCGGGAGAUGAAAACCAGAGAGAAAGAAGUGUUACUAUAAACCACAGCAUGAUCGGGACAGAGACAACCAAUGGAGCCGUCUGGGGUCAGUCCCUGCUUAGGAAAACCCAGCGACUGUUGGCUGGGAGGAGCACAUUCGGCACCAUCCCACCGAGGACCUUUCUGAGGAGGAAAGAGGAUGUUGAAUUAAUUCUGUGUCAUGGACAGAGUUUCCAGUCACAGAUACCGGCCGGCGACGGAAAGAAAAGCUGGCUUCAGUGGGACCCAGAUGGCACACCGUGCAUUCAGACAGCGCAUUGUGGCCGGGCCUGGUGAACAGAGUUGAUGUGUCCCUCAAGUGUUAUCUACCAAGCUUUUGUCAAAUUCAGUUGGAAAGAGGUACAUUCUUGCUCAGAUGUUACUUCGGGGUCAGAUGGGAGAAUCUGAGUCCUUGCUAAAGACAGGAGACGCUAUCAAUCCUGAGGUACGCUGUUACCUUGAACUUCUCAGACAGCAAUUCCCUCCAACCCCAAUCCCCGACUCUCACCCGUCUCUUAACUGUGCAAAACAAAUGUGCAUGGUCUUUGUCAAUGGACACCCAUGUUCAGGAACUGCUGCGCCAGCUCUGGUGCCCGUCAGGUAGGGCAGAUCUGUAAGAAGUCUAAUUUAUGCAACGUACGGAGAGUAACCAGACCAGCAGCCGAGAACACUCUACGGUUGGUGGCGAUGGGCUUACCUAGUAGGUGUGCUGAUGCCUGGGUGUCUUCAUUCACCUCAAACCCAUAGGAGUGUGGGACAGUCAGAAUCCAUCCCUGAGGGGAAGGAAGACUCUCUUGGGGACAGCACCUGAGUUCACAUUCAGUGUGUCCAGGUCAAGCCUCUUGCUCUGGGCUCUGUUUGGGAGAGUAGUUCCACUCCUACAUACUCACUGUUAGUGUGCUCUUUUGUUAUCUAUACUCCGUUAAAAACUAAAAAAAAAAAAGAAAAAAGAAGACGAAAGAAAAAUAAUAAAUUGACCCUGUAUGGCUGAGCCUGGAGAUAUUGCUUCUGGGUAUGACCACUGGUUUUACUAAGAGAAAGUGUAAAUUUAAAUAGAAAUUUACAGUUAUUAGGGUAGUCAGUUAGACCAAGGGAGAACAGCAUUUCCGUUUCUCUGUCCCCCUCUGUGAGGGGAAGUUCGAUAAACUUGACAUCUUCAUAACACGAGCCAGAUUGGAAGGGAGUGACUUAAUUCGCCUUAGCACAUUUUAUUUGGUAUUUAUCUCUGAAGGUGCAAGAGCUCUGGGUAGGUUUCAUUUGUGCCCACUAAUGUCUGGAGCACUGUGUUUUCUAGUAUAGACUUUGAAAGCUGGAUCUCAAAAUAAAACAAAAAUAAAUCUAAAACAAAAGCUCAGUGUCAACGAGCAGAGAACAGAAGGUGAGUCAGGGGGCCUCGCUCAAGGGAGGGGGUCACAUAAGGCGGACACCGUGGUCCCUUCUGUUGCACUGGCCCAUGGGACAGGAGUUAUAUGUCUUCUUUGUCCAUUAAAGCAAACCCCUCCGGACCACCUAUAACAAUAUACCGAAAGCCAUAUCUCCGUGGUGUAUACAGUCACGUAUAUAUCAUACAAAGGACCCGUGGUACUGUCACAACACUGUGGAACUGUGAAGCUUUGCACGUCCAUGCUGCCCUGGAGUCCAUCAGCAGUGACAUAGGUCGGCCGCUGUGAGUCUGACCAGUUGACCUGGGAGAAAAAGCUGCAAGUUGUUCAGCAGAGGGGAUGGCUCUGUCAGAGGCUAAUGUUAGAGGGCGGGGCAUGCAGGUUUACAUCCAAGGUCUAUAUUGAGAAUGUGAGAGCAUUCCAUUCCAGCUUUGUAUUUUCCUUGUAAGGAAAAAAAAGCGAAAGAGAGAGAGAGAGAUUCUUAUACUUUCUGACAGGUCCCUGAAGGUCUUCAAAUGGAAGUGUCUAUGCAAGUGAAAAUUUUUAUAGUCAUUUAUACUGAUUAUUAUUACUAUUAAUUAUUAUUAUUCCCUCUGUUGUCUCGAGAACAUGUGCAGAUUUCAGAGCAUCACAGAACAUCUGAUUGCUUCUUAAGUAGUUGGAUGAGUUGAGGACAUCUUAUAAUAGUUGCCAUUAUUCAUCUAUUAUCCCCUUUCCUGUGGUAUUUUAAUUUUUAGGAAAGAAACGUUCUUGUUCUACCAUGCAUCCCUCUCCAAGUAGGACAAACCUGGUGGUAGUGAACCAAAAUCUCCACCUGAGCCCCUUCCGACAUCCAUUCCAUUCCUAACCCGCUCGAUGGUUUCUGGGCACCUUUUGCAUGUGUCGGCAAAUUACUCAUAUUUUUCAUGAGGGAAUAGAGACUCAGAAGCUCAGAGGCCAUGGGCUUCACCCAAGUCUGCCCACUACAUCUGCUAGCACACACACAAGACAUUCAGGAAGGAAAGCAUGCUAGCAUGUCUGUGAAGCAGGGCGGGGAGGUCAGGGCGAAAGGGAACACAUGCAGUCCAAGCAGCAGCAGCGGGGAUGCCGUAUCACGUGCUUCUGCUGACUCCCACACACUGAGCCGACGUCACAAUCAGCCUCAUUUAGAAAACGCUUCAAACACUGCCAUCAAGGGUUCUAUCAGAAAUCAUUCGCACAUGCUCACAUCAGCCCCGCUCAUGGUGUUUUCAUGUACUUUAUAUAUAUAUAUAAAAUAUAUAUAUACACAUAUAUAAUAUGCGUUAUAAACACUUGAUUUAUACAUAUACAAAUGCACAUGUGUAGUGUGUUUGUGUGUUUAUGUAUAAACAUAUAGGCACAUGGUAAUAGAAAAAUUAUAAGUAGGGUGCAAUAUGAAUAAUUUGCUUAAAAUUUGCUAAAUAACCAAAACUUCCCAAUGUCGUGCGGCUGUUCGGGUUCCCAUUCUCCAUGUGGGUAAGGACCGCACCACUCUCCACUCUGAGCAGUCCUUGGAUGGAAGACGCGUGGAAAGCCACACACUCCCUGGAACAACGGACUGAAAGCCAUCCUCUCCAUUAAGCAUGUUCUCCAGCCCCUUGCAAAGGAAAAAAUGCAGACAAACGGUCUCCUCGUGUGCAAGUCCGGGGACGGAGAAGCCAGUUCCCCACUCCCGCACACUCGCAUCGCGCUCACCCUCUCCCGCUCCAAUCCCAUUCUAGAUGCAGACUGCAGUGUGGUUGGGAGACCCGUGUCUUGAAGGCUGAAUGACAAAACAACCAAGAAUCCACACAGCAAGACGGGCAGCUUGCAGUCACCCCUCAUCCACACGGGGAGCCACACCCCUGGUGUGAAGCGCUGUCUUUCUCGAGGCCUGGACAGCAGGGUCCCUGGUCCUUUCGAAAAUGGGACUCCCAGCAAUGCCUGGCGUUCAGUCAUGUCUGAUUUCUUAAACGGCAGCACAGGCACGUGUGUCCUCGUUGGUCCGCCUCCACACCCCCUUACCCCCGAUUAGAGGGCUCCUACUUCCAAACUUGACCUUCGGUUUGGCCCCCACAUCGUGGUCCAAGUAAAUCUCGCGAGAGGAACGGCGAAUGACCCAAAUCCCCAGACGUCCAGGCUUGCAGUCUAAGCCAGGUCUUCACAAUGCGUCGCUGGAACGCAGAGACUCGGGUUGUGAUAGCUCAGGCUAUCAUAAAGUACCGGGGUGGGAGGGGUUCGUAGUUACGACAACAGUAGCGCAGGAAGGCAUAUUUCCUGGUUGUCAGGGCUGGACUCAGUCACCGCUGAUAAAGUCAAAGGCCCCUAGCUAUAUUCUUAGCUGUGGCAACCUGCUCUUCUUCCCCCUGCGAAUUCAUUUACUUACGUUUUUAUUUGCUUACAGACUUUCGGUCCAUCCAUCACAGACACGAAGCAAAAGCAAUCGCGUGUACGUAAAUGUGUUGCAAGAGAAACACUGUGAAUCUCACAACCACCCCCAAGCAACUAUGCCAUCUUGAUGUGUGUGUCUCAAGACGCGGUGAGGGAAAAGACAGGGACAUCAUUUUGCAGCCUGGGCCAGGUCCACGUUUAUUUUUCCCCCCUUUGGUCUGUGGCGUUAAAGGAAAAUGAUCCUGAGUGGAGAUCCACCGAAUGUUCAGCGAGCUAGGCAAAGUAUCAUCCGCUGCUUGUCACUGUGCGUUCCAGCAGAAAGGAAAAACACAGAGGACGGAGAGAUGAAACUUGAUGUAGAGGUCUCUUAUCUUACAGCUCCUUAUCGCUUACCGUUGCUUAAAAUGUAUACAACAGCUGGGAAUAUUUUCGAUACAAGGUAUUUGAGUUAAAUGUGAAUUUUAAGUAUGCACUCCUCUAAGGAAUGAGCAUAUUAUGGCAAAAUAUCUCUCCCCGCCUUCCUUACAAAUCUGCCUAGAGAUGGCUCCAUUUGCUUAGGCAGUGGACAGGUGUUUGUAUAUACCCCAGGCCAUACAUACACUCAUUUCACCAUCUCUCUGCAGAUGGAUGGCCCCUUCAACAGUGACCUGGUAUUUAGAACUCUACCUAUUUGGUUACUUUAUUUCCCUCUCAAUGUGACGUCUCUGUGCCGGCUUUUUACCGGCUCUUACUCAUUUUAUUUUUUUAUUUUUUUAUUUUUUUUGCAAUCUGUUUUGAGGUCCAGUGCUUCACUGAGACUCACUGCAUCUUGGCUGAUUUCAAAGUGACACCUGAAUACAGUGUUCAAAAAAAAAAAGUUUGUUUGUAAAUCAUGUGACCAGCUUCUCUCAACCUGACAUGGAAUGUCUCUUGUACUACAGUGUAUUUAAUAAUAAAAAAAAAUGAUGUCUUACAAUAAA